UGACACGGUGCCCGAGUGGUUAAGGGGAUUGACUCGAAUUCGGAAGAAAAUUCUGACAUCAAUUACAUUCGUGUGCGCAUGUUCGAAUCAUGCCCGUGUCGUUCUUUUUUUUUCUUUUUCUUUUUUAUACAUACAACCAACAACGCAGUUGGCGAAUUUGAACUCUUCACUAUUUUUCCUUUUCAUUAUUUUUCCUUUUCAUUAUUCUUUUUUCAAUUGACUUAUUUAUAAAAUACGUUCAUAAUUACUCAAUGCUAGUUUAGGCGCUCAAAACCCAGUAUUAACAAAUUCCGCGGUUUUGUUGAUGUUUCUCGCUCUCUACUCGUGGCAAAGAAUUUACUCUGAUAGCUGCCUUGUAUAUGAUUGAUUUCCCUAGGUUAUUUGCUUGCAUUCAGAAACGGAAGCGGCAUGGUGGCUUCGAGGAUUCGGCCUUUGGUUAUUUAAAGGACUGUCGAUUCGACCCUCCACGCAGCGUCAAUUGUGCUGGAAGUCAUAUUGGCAACAUCUGGCUAUGGAAUCUGCGGCUCAUCCAGCAGGAAAACCUGGUUUGUGUAGAGUCAAGCAAGGCCCAUAUAUCUAAGGAUUAUUUCAACCACCAAUUUAAACUUUCAAAUACAGCGUUGAACUUCUACAAAACCUUUUCGUCAUUGAUCACGGCGCCUGCUUUGUUGAUGGAUCUAUGCAGACAAAAAGCUAUAACCACUGGUUGUAAUUCACUUUGUCAUGAUGAUUCUUCCAUUUCAAUCAAGAUAUGCCUGGGUGCUGCACCGCCCUUUUUCCACUCCCGUCUUUCUCACUCUCCCCUCUUCCUCGUCGACCUUCCUUCCCAUCUGACUUCUCUAUCCCCGAGUAUCCCUUAGGGUGUUUUCAACCAUGGAACCCGGGAACCUGCAACGCCAGGGCUCUGCUCGCCACUCCACAACCGAGCAAGUGAUGCUUGAUCUUCUCCGAAGUGACUC